CACCACCCGUGGGUGCUUAGCUGUUUGGGCAGGAGUGAACUGGAGGAGACGUCUGCACUUUGAAGUUUAGUGGCGAAAUGAUAUGUAAAGGUGCAAUCAGGGCAGGUUGUUUUUAUUCCAGAAGAUUCGUCCGGUCUUCACGUCGCUUUUGAUGUCUUCUGCACAGUGUUAACCUGGCCUCUAAGACAAACUUCAUAUUUCUGCCACGACUGUGACUCCCUGUGAUAUCAACAUGUCCAUGUUCAGCACCGGCAUCCUUGUGCUGACGUCUCCUCUCCAUGUCCUCCCCUUACGCAUUGCUCCAGUCCUCAGCUCAGCUGCCGAGCGCGUUGAGCGCACACUAUACGUCCACCUCCAUCCUGGGCUGAACCUGGGAAGUGGAGGCCAACCUCGUCCAGUUUUUAUUCCUCCAGUAGUGGACCUGUCUACGCUUAUUUCUCGUCUCUACAGCAAUGCAGCCGAUGUCUGUGGCCACCUGGAUGUUCGUGUUUUGCUGACCAACGUCCGUGCUCAGUCAGCUCCCGGCAGUGGUACCACAUUACCAAACUCCCCGUUCCCCACACCGCAGUCUCUGUCACACUCCCCAGAGGUGGUGUUAACAGACUUUCCCCUGCAGGACCCGGGUCAGUCCCAUCAGGUGACACAAUGUCUGCAGAAGUACACAGGCUACUGCUACGUCUGCAGCCCCAGCCUGCGCUCAGUUCUGCUUCAUCCACAGCUCAAGAGGCUGCAGGAGGAAGAGGAAGGAGUGAGGGAGCCUGAAGAGAAGUCAGAACCCUUGGAGACGUACAAUGAUGUGGUGGUAGGAGGGACGUUUGACCGGCUCCACGGGGCCCACAAGACAUUACUUAAUAUUUCAUGCCUGCUGGCUAACAGACGGUUUCUUAUUGGUGUGUGUGACCAGCCAAUGCUGAAAAGAAAAGUGCUACAAGAGCUGAUCCAGCCCUACUCUCUGCGGGUAGAGAAACUACGUGAGUUCCUACUGGACAUCAGACCCUCCUUGCAGGUGGAGAUCGUACCCCUUGAUGAUCCCUAUGGAGUGUCUGUGGUCGACCCUUUGCUGGAGUGCAUUGUUGUCAGUGAGGAGACCAGAAAGGGAGGCGAGGCUGUCAACAAGAAACGCAUCGAGAAUGGUCUUCCAGCUCUAGUCCUCCAUGAGAUCCAGCUGCUCAAAGACGCCCACCAUACUGAGACCGAGGAGGAGAAGAUCAGCUCCUCCAGUCUACGUUCCCGUCUUUUAGGAACCCUCCUUACCCCUCCAAAAGACACAUCCCACCUCCCACCCUUUCCAUAUGUGAUCGGCCUGACGGGGAGCAGCGGCAGUGGAAAAAGCUCCAUCGCAAAGCGGCUGGAGAAUCUGGGUGCUGUCCGGAUAGACUGCGACAUGCUGGGCCAUGAAGUGUACCAGCCUGGGACUGCAGCUUAUCACCAAAUACUAAAAGAAUUUGGGACAGAUCUUGUGAAUGAAGAUAAAACCAUCAACAGACGUGCACUAGGAAAUAAAGUUUUCCGUAACCGGGAGCGGUUAAAAGACCUAACAGACAUUGUAUGGCCAGAGAUUGCACUUUUGGUGAAAGAGAAAAUCAACCAAGCAAGAGAGGAAGGCAAACAGGUUUGUGUGAUGGACGCAGCGGUUUUACUGGAGGCCGGCUGGACGGACAUGGUCCAUGAGAUCUGGGUCACAAUCAUUCCCGAGGAGGAGGCAGUACGGAGGAUAACUGAGAGAGAUUGUGUUACCACAGAUGAAGCCUUGCGCCGACUACAGAGCCAGUGGUCCAAUGCCAAGCGAGUAGAGCAUGCCAACGUUGUUCUCAGCACGCUGUGGGAAUCAGACGUCACUCAGAAACAGGUACUGAAAGCUUGGAAUCUUCUUCAGAAGAGAAUCCAGCAGAGACAAUAGGAACAUGUGGCCAUCAACAUGUCAGCAGUGACUGGGGCAAACGGGUCCAGGGACGCACGCCACACUGAUCCACGGAGGAAAACGCUGCCUUAGAAAGAAGUGGGAAUGGUUUCUGUGCCAUGGCAGAACAAGCCAUCUCACCUCUCUGCCUGUGACUCAGUGCCUGAUUGACCUUCCACAAGUUUUUAAACUCUAGUUUAUUUUAGGAUGAUACUUGAAAGAUGUAUGGGACAUAAAA